AGUUAGCCUUCUUCAACUUCUCUCACCUAACUUCACCAGUUUCUCUCUCUCUCUCUCAUCUCUUUGAGCAAGAAAGAAAAAUUGAAGUGAUAAUUACAACCCACCAACUAAAAAAAAACCACUUUCUUCAAUUCAACUCUACGCGUCGCUUAGUACCCAAAAGUAUUAAUAUUUUUGAGUUUCCCAUUAUUUCCCAACAGCAUCAUUAAUUACCCAUUACUAAUCCCCAUUUAGGUUUUGUCUGAAAAAUUUCCCUUUUAAAGAUUUGUUUCUUUAUUAGCCUUUGAUUUUGACAUCCAUCACUGUUCUUCCCCUUAGAGAGUACCCAUCACUCCAAGAUUUGAUUUUUAUAGGAUUAUCCUUGACUAAAGAGAUGGCGAAAGUACUAAACUCGAGCCAAUCAUGUCGUUUCCCUUCACCUUCAAGCUCCUCUUCUACAUCAUGCGGAGCCAAUGAUGGUAACAGAGACCCACAUUCUCUUUUUAACAUUUCUCGUCAAGAGGAAGAAGAAGAGGAAGAGGAGAGAAGCGAGAAAGAGGAAGAAAGAUUCGAGCUUUCGUCUGCAUUGGAGAUUCUUGUCUCUGCAAUCAGAAGGUCUGUGAUUGGUGGGUGUGUUGGAGAAGAGGAUCUUUGUUCGAUGGAGAUUGGUGUCCCUUCAGAUGUUAGACAUGUCGCUCAUGUCACCUUUGAUCGUUUCCAUGGCUUUCUUGGUUUGCCUGUUGAGUUUGAACCUGAAGUCCCUAGACGAGCUCCUAGUGCAAGUGCAACCGUGUUUGGAGUCUCAACUGAGUCAAUGCAGCUAUCAUAUGAUACUAGAGGGAACAUUGUGCCUACAAUACUCUUGAUGAUGCAGAGUCACUUGUACAGUAGAGGCGGCUUGCAGGUAGAAGGAAUAUUCAGGAUUAAUGGUGAGAAUACUCAAGAGGAGUACAUAAGAGAAGAGCUGAACAAAGGUGUUAUACCAAACAACAUUGAUGUACAUUGCUUGGCAAGUCUCAUUAAGGCUUGGUUUAGGGAACUUCCAACCGGUGUGCUGGACUCACUCUCACCAGAGCAAGUCAUGGAGUCCGAAACUGAAGACGAGUGCGUGGAGCUUGUAAAGCUUCUUCCUUCAACGGAAGCUUCUCUGCUAGAUUGGUCAGUCAAUCUGAUGGCAGACGUUGUGGAGAUGGAACAUGUCAACAAGAUGAACGCUCGAAACAUCGCUAUGGUUUUCGCGCCCAACAUGACUCAGAUGUUGGAUCCGUUGACGGCUCUGAUGUACGCGGUGAAAGUCAUGAACUUUCUUAAGACCCUUAUCGGGAAAACGCUUAAAGAACGUAAAGAGGCUCGAGAUAGGUUGGUUCAAGGCUCGAACCCGGGUCCUAGAGACCAGAACGGUGAUGAUCAGAGUAGCAGGCAGUUGUUGCAUCUCAUGAAAGCUGCUAACGAGGAGGAAGCUGUGGAUACCUUUGAGGCGGAAACGAAAGACAGAGAAGGAUCUGAAGAACUUAUUGGUUUAAAGUCGUCUCUGGUUAAAAGCUGUGGAGGUUUUGGAGAGAAAGAGAAUGGUUGGGAGGAGGAGAAUAGGAAGAUGAAGAGGACAAUGUCGAAUGCGAGUAGUAUUGUUGGACGUGUGAAUUACAGAGUUGAGCUGUUCGAAGCUUGGCGGUGAAUAAAGAUUACAUUUUCUAUAAAAAAAAAAAAGAAUUACGUUUUCUGAUGGUUUUGAUCCAACUUUUUGGAUUUUGUUGAAUGAUUUCGAUAUUGUGAGGAUGAAUGGGUUGCUUGUGUCUCAAGAAACGUUACAUUUUUGCAUAUAA